UUGGCUUCAAACAUUUGUUUAUUUGUGUAAUUUACAGUAGAAAUAAUGUUCUAUAGAUAGUUAAUUACUCAAACGGAAAAAAAUGUUUAUUUAUUUGAUCAAGCCGAGCUUAGUAUAGUAGAUUUUUGGAGCUAGUAUUUGAAAUUCGGAUAUGUUUCUAAUCUAAGUUGAACUUCACUCCUUAAAAUUGCAUAGACUUGACUUUGCUUAUACUGGAAUCGUAUUCUUUUUGUUGUUGGGUGAUCACUGUCAAUUAUAUUUCUUGAGAAACUACUUAUGAAUAGGAAAAUAUAUGUAAUAGUUAUUUAUUUGUGAUAAAGGAUGAAAUUUCAAAGCUUUGAAUAUAAGCUACUUAAUUUUCGAUUUUUGGUUAGUUGUGUUGAGCUGGCGAUCAAAGUUUUGUGCUAUUAUAAGGUUGAUUGUUUGAAAAAAAGGGUUGAUUAUUAUUUGAAAGGGAAUGGUUUUAGAUCCAGUACUUUACCUGUUUGAAAGACGAUGAAUAUCUGGUAGUAUCAAAUGCUGGAUCGGUGGAUGGUUUAGUAAGAUGGAUUUUAUGGCCAAGUGAUUCUAAGUUUGAUAGAUUAUCAGGAAUUGCUGAAGAUUGAGCUGAGAAAUUGAUGAAGAUGAGAUGGUUUAUAUUCUUCCCAUUGGAAAUUCCAUGGAACUUGUUCACUUUAUUGGUUUUCUUCCAAUACUUUAGGAAGCAUAAUUGACAAUUUCUAAGUGGGAGAGAACAUUAAUGACGGUUAACCUCCUCAGAUGGAAGCCCAAGUAUCUGAAUUUCUUUUAAUCUUGUCCCAGCUGUUUAAUUCUGUUAGUACUCUUGAAGGGGCAAAUAGACUAUUCUGUCAUUGCUGGUGAUUGUUUACUGUAGUUAACUCUAAACACUAAUUACAAUUCACUGACCAAAACCCUUACUGGAAAAGGGGAGUAACGGCAUUAUUUGCCACUUAUUUCUACAUAACUUAAAAGAACUUGAUUACCUACUGAAAUAUCAUUCUCUUUGUUUUACAUGACUGGUGUUAGAUUUCUAGUGGAUUUGGGAUAUUGCUCUUUCUCCUUAAAUUUAAUUGAAUGCUAUAAGUAGCUCUUUUGUAUCUGUUACUGUUUUCCUUUGAUUUUUUUUUUUUUUUAUAGUUUUCUGAUGUUGUUUGAAAAUAUGAUGAGUCAAAGUUACAUCUGUCUGAAAUAGGAAGUAUCAAUUCUUGCAGUAGGAUGAGUAUUUAGUGGUUGGCUGAUCAUUAUGAUUAAAUUGAAGCUUCAAAAGUCUUUGUUUUGGCUGUCUAGUUUUUAUUGUCUUUUAAUUUUCUUGAGUUGGGAUUCUCAUGUAAAGGCAUUGUACUGCUGCUUGAUUCUUGUGUUUUAUUCCAAUUUACACACAUAUAUCAAGAAAAAAAAUUUCUAGUCUUGUUCAGAAUGCAUCAGUGGGUAGAAUUUGUUAUCUGGUUGAUGGCUAGUAUUUCAUGUGCUAAUUUGGUUUCCCAGAGAAGUAAACUGUUUCUGGCCAUAGUUUUAUUGGAGCAAAUAACAAGAUUGGCUGAAACAGAGACAUCACCAUUCGUGCAGUUUACCGUUUGGAUAUGGAAUGGUUCUAGGUACUCUGGUAUGCUAUGCAUGGCCUUAUCAUCUAUUAUCUACUGUAUCAUGGAAGUUCUUUCAGAUGUUUUCACUGCUCAAUCAAUUCCUCUUUUUGAGAUGGCAUUUACCAGAUGUACAGUUAUUUUGAUUUUGUCGUUUGUAUGGUUGAAAAGAAGCAGACAGCCAAUAUUUGGUACAUCAAGUGUCAGAAAACUAUUGGUUCUAAGAGCAUUCAUGGGAUACCUCUCAUUGUUGAGUUUUAUUUAUUGCAUUCAAAGAGUACCUCUUUCUCAGGCAAUCAUGUUGAACUUUACUACUCCAAUUGUGGCUGCAGUUGCUGCAAGAGUCAUAUUGCAUGAGAAGUUAAAAAUUGCAGAAAUAGGAGGUCUUGCUUGCAGUUUCUUUGGCGUACUUUUUAUCUUCCGGCCAGUGCUCAACAUACAAGGGUUAGGAAUAUAUUCGGCAUGUUUGCUCCAAAGGAUUCCUGUUUGAAUUCAAUUCCAAACCAUUAAUUUUGCUAAAGCAGCGGAU